CUGUCUGCUCAUCACGAGCUGCGAGGCUGGUAUGUGUGUGCGGCUAGACUUGCCCCCUUCGUCAAGACCGGACAUAACAGCAACGGCACCACACCUGUGACCCCAGCGACACACGCCAGGGAGCCCACGUUUCACCUUCGGUCUUCUUCCAGGGCAUCAGCCUGGACUAAUCUUCCUCUCCGUUCAAAUCUCUGAUUCUACUACCAUCACGGCAUCCGGGAGAGAAAAGACUGGACUUCGUUUUACAGUUGUCACGCUCAAAAGAAAGGUUUGUCAUUGGUCGUCCAUCUACACAUCUCCAUUCGACCUUCAUCCGCCGUUUCAGAAAGAAAGGCGAGACAGGGAUGAAGAUCACCGCCCUCCUCGCAUUCCUCGUGGGACUGGUGCGGAUGUACGCCAAAUCUCUGGAACUCAGCGAUUUCACCGUCUUGGACGGCCACGGAAAUCCGUAUCCCUUAGCAACCCUCAGACAUGUUCCGGCGGUGCUGAUCGUGAACGUCGCCAGCCACUGCGGGUACACGGAUAGAGACUACCGCGAGCUGCAGGCGCUUCGGGCUAAGCACGACGAGGACCAACUGGCGAUCGUGGCCUUCCCGUGCAACCAGUUCGGCGCGCAGGAGCCCGGCACCUGGGAGGAGAUCGCCAGCCUCGCGGACGGAAAGUUCGGGGUCACAUUCCCCAUCAUGAGCAAGAUUGACGUGAACGGGCUUCACUCCUCCCCGAUCUUCGCGUGGCUCAAGGCCGCCUCGGGCAAUCCCCACGACAUCCCAUGGAACUUCACCAAGUUCCUCGUCCUGUGCGGCUCGACCGUCAAGCGAUACUCGCACGAGGUCAACCCGAUGCAAAUGGACGACAUGAUCACCAACGCUAGGAGCUUCUGCGGCGCUAGUGAUGACGAGGCGGGCGGCGGCACCGGGGAACUGUAACUGCUAUGACGCUAUCCCCGGAGGAAACGGUAACACGACGACAACAGCCCGGCGGCAUCACCCACCGGACGCCGCGUCAAGACAUCUAUCUGUUGCCGUAGCCCCCCGUUUAUUAUAUUAUUCUGUGUUUGGCAACAAUCCGAACCCUCCGUAGACUAGAGCGAGGGGUGAAAAGAUUUCCGCGGAUGUUGGCGUUGCCGUGUGAGUCGGACUCACGAACAAGAAGUUAACCAUUGGCUCUGGGUUGUCAUCUGCGCUUAAGUUCUGAAGCCAAGCUCUUCUCCGCUGAUUUUUUUGUAAGAAUACUGGAAAUCGUUUUCUUUGCUUUUGUCGUGUACCCUCUCAACGUGAUUCGCCCCUUGUUGAAAUUUGGUGACACGUGUUCUGUGUGUGUGGAUGAUGGUGUGUUGUUUGCGAGGCAAGAGCAACUUAUUUUCGCACUGUUGUUUGAUUGAAGUUGGGGUGUAAGUUCCUCCAACUCUGUAGCACGUCGAAGUAUGAUGUUUUGUGUGCUCUUGUUUGGUAUCCUGGAAUCUUGCCCCACUUCGCUUUUCGUGAUAGAAUCCCAGCACUCUAUGUUAGAAUCCCAGCAUGUCCAGCGUUUUGAAAACAGUUCUUGUUGAUAUGAUUGGCCUGCCGAAUAUCUAUGAGUCGCUUUUUUGUGCACGCUGUGUAUGCUGUGUACCGUUACAACCACCCGUAAUUUCUUGCGGUCUACGAGACACCCCUUCGGUGGUGACGGUAUUUUGGUAAGGCUUCUGCGGGGAUAAGAAGUAUGAGGAUCGCCUCAACAGCUGUGCACCGCAGCCGGCAACACCUAAAGCGUUACCGGUAUGUAGUACGUAAGCACGGAGGCAGUGUUCGUGCGGCUUUGAACUUGGCGGAACCGCAAGCACGGGACAGGUCGCGUUUUUUCUAGGUACGUUACAUAGACCUGCCACGCGUUGCCUUGCCGUGUUUUUGUUUCGCAGGUGAUGGCUUGCUUUGCUAGAACGACGUCUUGUGCGUGACUGUCCGCUUUGGACGAUAGGGUGUCGUAGCAACGGAUUUUUUUGCUUCUUGUCUCGAACGGGAUGAGGACGGGGCGGGCGGGUUAAGGUGCGGUCUCGCUCUACGCAACACGAACACCCUCCCUGCUCCCUGAGCGUUUUUUCCCUCACGCCUCUGAAACCAUGCGUCGCUGGGGAGUUGGUCCACAAGCAUCUUGUUGUUUCAAACAUUUUCCUCCUUGCGCAAUAAUUGUUGAACCACGCGACAGCUUGUGUGUAGGUAUCGGCGCGCCGCCCGCAGUCAGCCUUCAAUACCUACGCAACGGUCACGCCUUUUGGGGUGAAUACGUGUAGCGAUUCCACGAAAGUGCUUCCAGUUUUGGCGAUUUCAUGUUGGACUGAGACUGGGGACUGCGGCGCGUUCCUUCCGAUAACUCCGUGUGCCACGGCUUUUGUGAGCGUAGAGGAAACCAGUCUCACUGUUUGUCUCAACUUUUGUAGUCGAUCUGAAGCUGUAUGCUUCACUCCCCCCAACGGAAAACAAUUUGUUAUCAUUCCGAUACCCCCACCCUUGUUCGACCGGCUUCUCUAUCACACCACAAUGCAGACUACAACUCCAACAGGAUUGGUUUCAGCACGACCCGACUCGGUGAUGGCCAGAAUGCUCUUGUUG